AUUCUCCUUGAUACGUUGACUUGAUAAAUCGUGUACUUUUGGUUUUCCUGACCAUGUAUGGCCGUAGUUUACCGAUUAGACAGUACAUGUCAGACGAGACAGGAUGAUAUCACCCUUGACCCCUGCAACCUAAAUUCUUCCGAGCAUAUAGACAGGUAUAGACACGCUGAUAACACAUUCUGCUUUUGGAAGGAUGGUAGAUAAAGGGGAUCGGACCCCGGAAGUCCAUGCCCAUCACUUUUGGAAAAGUGAGGUGGAGGUGGUAAGGAAGAAGACACUAGCACCGGAUGGUAGGCGAUUCCGCUACCUUGAUGACAAGGGCAUCUUCAACUUUGUAUUCUUCAUCUGGGCAUACAAAUGGGUUAAAGCAGCUGCCAAAGAGUACCUGGACCCUUAUAUGCUUCACCCUCUCCCACUGGCCGACCAGAUUCUCAAAUGGCAGCCUAUUCUUUCUAAGCAUAUUAGUGAUGGUAUCGCAAGUCUGGAGGCAUAUGAAGCUCUCAGUGAGGAUGAGAAGAAGAGUGCCAAGCAACCUGUAAGAUACAUUCUGGCAAGAGCAAUCUGGCUGACAUUUUGGAAGAGGUUACUUGCCAUUAUAGCAGGAAUAAUGGUACUAACUAUUGCAAGAAAACCAUCAGAAUGAGCUCAUUCUUGGUACCAAACGUUGUGGAUUAUCCCCGUUUCUGGAGUAUGAGUAAACUUCCUGUAAGUUCCUUCUGGGUCAGGAUACCAAUCAUCCGUUAGAAGAACUCUUCCAUCAUCACUAUUGUAGAAGUACCCAUUCUCAUCUUGCGUAACUGCUUGAUCUCCAAGUCCUCCAGGGCGCU